AUGAGGACUCAACAUAUCACCUCAAAGAUGCUGCUGAAUUUGGCAUCAUUUCUCUGUUUAGUCCCCUUGACUUUGGGAGCUGCAAUUCCCCCUUCCUGUGGCUCAAUCUACAAGAGCUUUGCGCAAUGUUUAUUAAAACUAGGAGACAGUUUGGUGGAAAAUCAACCCGACCAGAAUACACAAGACAUUGAUGCAAUUUGCAGGUCCUGGAAUGAGUUUCAUGACUGUGCAAAUGCUGCACUGGCUGGAUGUCCUGGAGAGGCAGCAGCAGUGUGGGAGUCUUUAAGAAAGGAGUCAAGGAAGACAGAGUUUUCAGGAAACCUCUAUGAGAUGUGUGCUAGCCGGACCACCAUCAGCCCCACUACUGUGCCUGCAGCCCAGAGUCCCCCCACGUCAGAACAGACUAACCAAGAGACACUCAAAGGGAAGACUUACAAAGAUGACCCCACUUUUAGCUCGCUGUUUCUUCCAGUCUGCAGCACAAUGCUUAUCUUUCUCUAUGUAUAG